UGUCACUUCCUAAUGACCAGAGGUAAAUAAUAUCUUUUUCAAAUGUACAAUUCCAUCAUCUUUUCUUUUAGACUGUUUAUCAAUUGCUCCAGAAGAAUCUUGAGCCCAUAAAGUAUGAGAUUCAGAGACUAAGGUUAGUCGCCUGCUGUACAAAUGCAAGAUCUAAAGAGAAUAGAACAUGAUUGCAGACCCAUAGUGUCGAAAGAUGUGACAUGUGCAUGAUUUUGACCUUUGACAGGACACUUUUGCAAAUGCAUUGAUGCCACCACUUAUUGUAAGCUAGUCUGUUAUUAUAUGACAUAAAAUUCCCAUGUGUAUGCUUGUACUACUUUAUUUCCACAGAAUUUUUAUUUUGCUUCCUAGUGAGUAAACAACUGUCUGCUUUUUCAAAAAUAUACUUAUUUUUUUACAUUGUGUGUUCACCUAUGGUCCACUGUUGCAUUACAGUGUUUCCUUUAUGGUAAACCAAAAGCGAGGGACUUCCAUGGUGAUUGUGAGUGUCCUCAGUAUAUGACAUUGGGGAACUGCAGUUCAGUAAGUGACAGAUAGGCGUGUUCUUGGAAAAACCGGACUAAAUUUCAAACCAAUUUCAAUUGACUUGCUGCAUCAUGCUUUCGUUUUUCCUUCUGUCUCAGCUGCUUGUUACUGGGAUUUGUUUGGUUUUUUAUUUUGUUUGUUUGUUUGUUUUUUUUUUUUGGUACAUUUUAUCCACUGAAAUGCUUGAAGUCUUUAAUCCUGGGUGAACAAAGGUUCUGUAUAUAAAUGGGAGAUGUGUGGCGGCCAAGGGCAUCCAGAUGUUUCUUACAAUGAGGCAUCACUGCUUGUCUAUGUGCAGCUGGUACAGUUAGCUGGUGAGAAUGUCUGUUAUUUAUAGCUUUUAUUUUUCUGGGUUUUCUAUUCGUCAUGACAGGGCCAGUUGCAGGACAGCCAGAGAUUGAAGCAUGCAUCCAUUUGGAUGCAGUCUUAUUUUCAAUUAAUCUCAAUUUUAAAAUAGUAAAAAUAUAUAUAUAUAUUGCCCCUUUCUUUCCUCUCCCCAAGCAGCUGUUUCUUUUCCUCUGGUUUUAAAAAAACGAACAACAACAAAACACACAAGUUGAAAAACGUUGCUAGGUAGAGAUUCUAUGCAAGCAUGAAUAUGGAGCAUAUAGUGUGUUGUCAACAUUAUACCUCAUGAGUUUACUGGUGCCUGUGCAGAAGCAAUCAUUUGUGUGUGUGCGCGCGCGCUGCUCAAAGCUGUGUGAAAUAAAAAUGUGAACCGAGGCACAUCCAGCGAUAAUCUUUAUAGCAACGAUCAGCUGUCCAUCCCAAGAACUAUCAUUAUACAAAUACGACUGUAAAAGUGAACGAUUUGGUUUUUCACUAUUGCCCUUAGCACCAUGACAGCGAAGCAGUUUUUGAGAUGUUAUUCACCGUCCAGUAAGUAGGGGCUUCAGCUGUACAAAGGCAGGAGUAUAGUACAACAAAACAAAAAUCGGGAGUUAGCGUCUCAGCAGUGUAGUUAUUCCCGAUACGCUUCACUGGCUUUCUCAUUCGCUUCACGCGAGUGUUCUCGGCGAGCGCUUCGUUCGGUAGAGUCCGACUUCUGGCUGGGACAUGAUGGUGUCAGUCACGUGACUUUAAAAAAAAAAUAACCUCCCAAGGAUGACGUAUGUCUUGCUUGCGUCACUGACACCGUGGGCGUCGAAACGCUGAGAGAACUGCUGGCGACGAGGGUGCAAGGUGAUGUCGGCUGGUGCUGAUGGAGCGUUGCGCUGUUGUGUCACCGGUGCUUGCAGUGUGUGCAAGAACUGUUGUGCUUGAUUAUGUUAAGAGCGUUUAACGUAUGGAGGAAUACUGUCAGGCUGUACAUAUAUAGCUUAAGUGAACGGACGAAAAGGCUGGUGUACAGCAAGGAUGGUACGGGCUAACCUGGGGUUGUUGUUUUUUUUUUCAUUUCCCACUCCCUUCCCUCUUCCCGCGAAAAUAAAUUUUGUCCAGAGAUUGGUUUGUUGUAAUGGAUGUCCUCGUCGCACCGUAUUAAACUUGCAAAGGCUGGAGAUAGCGAAGUGAAAGAAGAGGCGACAGGGGGAGAGUUUGAAGACGUAUGUCCAGGUCCAUGGAUGGUUGGGUUGGGAGGCAUUUGCCGGCCCUGCCACUGUCAAGUCUAUGGUGUUCUGUGCAUACGUGAGCAGUGUGCAAGCGUGCAUGGCACUCUCGCACUGUGGUCGCUGCGACUGUCGUCAGCAAUCUCAUUACUCAUUACCUCCAGCCCCGCGCGUGAGUCGCCCACAGCUGCGGAAGGAAAAUGUCUUUAUCGAUUGUGUGGAUAAUUUGCGCUUGACAAGGGAUCCCAGAAGCACUUCAAUAUUGUUAUCAAAAUAAGUGGCAGUAGUUGAAGGAAAUGAUUCGCGCUCUUUUCUACCUAUUUUCCAUUCAGUAGGAGGUGAGCCGAAUGUCGAUAGGAUGACGUAUAUGACAGGAGGCUGAAACAUCCACACAUUUAUUUCUCGUUAACUCGUUCCCUUGCAGAAUAUCAAACGAAAAUGUGUGAACAUGGUUGGGAAGUCGCGGUGCAUGGUGGUGAAUUUCUGCUGUUCAGCAAUUGUUUAGAGUGGGUGCAUGAUUUCUGUCCCUCCCCACCUGUCACCUGUCGCAAUGUCUUUAGGUCAAAGGGGUAUGUUCCUGCUCAUUUUUCUCUCAACCAUAUUUUCCGUUCUGGAAUCCGACUGCUUGGCGUUGUACCAAACGCAACAGUAGACAUUGUCUGUCCCCUCCCCGACUCGUGCACCCUCUGCUCCCACCUACCCUGCCGGACGCACAUUAAUCGUCGGAAAUCCGUCUCUUUCGAGCGUCGCCAUGUCGGCGUGAGGUCAUGGCCUUGACCGUCCAGCAGACUGGCCUUGACCGUCCAGCACACUGGCCUUGACCUCGGCAGGACGCGAGAAGCGAGCUGGUAUACGACAUAGGUAUAUACGACUCGGCCAUAAUGUACUCGCUCAUAAUACUCGCAAGAGACUUCUGGAAGCGGGGAGGGCAGGGCAGGCACAUAUGACAAUAUUAUUACAGAAAUGCUCUUUUUAUAUAUAUAUAUGUGUUAUCCGUGAAAGUGCAAACAAAGUGCGUAGUAAUCAUGUACAAAUCGUGUAAACUGUGUUGUGGAAUGCUCUUUUCGGUGUAUUUAGCGUAGAGUGACGACAUUUUUUGAGAGAGAGAGAAGGUACGUGCUAGUGAACGAAAGAAUUUCCGCAUACAGUACGUAUUCAGUGUACUUUUCGUCCUGUUGUUCCAGCCUCUUUGAUGUACUUCUUUCUACUGUGAGUAAUAAAUCUGAGAGGAACAGGAUUGUUGAUGACAUGUAUGUAUAUUCAGUGUGGUUGUGUGUAUGUGUUGGGGGAGGUGUUAGGAACUCCUGGAAGAACCCCAGCUCUCCUCCACCCAACGGAAAGCAGGUACAACAUCUAGGAAAGUGUGUGGGGUGGGGAGGAGCCAAGAGUGAUGGGUCUAGAAAAAAGGGAAAAUGGUUAAACGAUACCAAAAAAAUUACCUAUAGGAAUAGACAAUAAGAACUUUGACAGCAUUGCAACUGAAUAUGCUUCCAAUGCCGAAAGUGUAAUUUAAAAACAAUUAUUAUGUAUCGACAUUGUUCAGCGAGUAGCAAUGUAUACAAAGUCGACAAAUUAUCAAAUUAUCCUCAAAUUUUAUGACUAAACAUCGAAAUAAAAUAAAGGAGCAGACACAGACCUGCACUGACGUCCAUGUUGUGACGUGAAGUGCUAGUAUUUACGUCAUGCAAAUGUCGUCAUUGUGUGUAGAGCAGUAACGGCUGACAGUUAUGGAAGUCUUGAUGUCGUCUGCUACCAGCUUGGGACUGUUUUCUGUUCACAUUGUUCCGAUAGGCUCAACGGCAAAGCAAGCGUUUCUACUCAAUCCUGAUCAGCUGCCUCGAUUUGGAUUACCGGACUGACGACAUACACUGCGCUGUGAAGAUCAGGUGAAGCCAUGGAGGAAGUGGUCAUGAGGCAAAUGAGUAUGAUGUCAGAGAGGUCAAGCAGAAAAGAGAAACGUGCCGUCCUCGUGCUGGGCGCCACAGGUCUUGUGGGUGGCGCCGUGGCCCGUGCCCUGCUGUCCUUCCCUUGGUUUAAAGUCUUCGUUGGCACGCGAAGACCUUGGUGUUCUGAAGCCUUGCUUCUUCGGCGAGCUGGUGCGAGAGUUUUGGAGGUGGACUUCAACUACAAGCAGAGCCUGCUGGAAGCCAUGACAGGAGUCAGGUGUGUCUUCCUGCACACCCACUACUGGGAGAUGUACUCACGCACCCUGGAGGUCUGGCAUGGUCAGUGCGUGGUGGAGGCGGCGGUGACCGCCAAUGUCGAGCACAUCGUGUAUGACGGCACCACCUACGUCAAGCCGUCUGACGGUCUGAUGUGUGGCUUCCUCGCCUCGCGCCUGGAGAUCGAGGAGAUCAUCGUCCGCUCGGGUAUUUCCUACACCAUUGUAGUGUUCCCGUUUGUGCUGGAGAACCUGUUGACGGUAUUUCGACCGUUCGAAGUGUCAAAAAACCUUUACGCUCUGCCCCUGCCCAUGGAGUAUAAUCUGCUGCCAGUGGGAGGCCUCAACGACAUGGCCAUUUGUGUGUGCAAGAUCUUCCUCCAGUUAAGGAACGUCCGGAGGGUAAAACUCUUUCUAGCCACCCAGAUGCUCACCGUCAGCCAGAUCGCAUCCACUCUGACCUCGGUCCUCCGAGAAAAACGCUUCUUUGAUCCCGAGAUGUCAGUGGAAGACUUCAUGGCCUUCGAUUUUCCUGGCGCAAAAGACAUAGCGACCAUGUUUCUGCACUACCAGAAUGACCUCAGAUUACCGGACAUCCAGCUGACCAAAUCGCUGAACCCCCGUCUGCGAAGUAUCACGGAGUGGGUGGAGGACAACCGCCUUCAGUUCCUGCGCGUGCUGAACGAGUCGAAGGAAACGCCAAGCAUGGAGACUUUCCUGUCGGUGACGAGGUCCUCCAUUUCCAUACCCUCGAAAACACCCUCCAUGAACUUCUCCAACUCAGCGGCGGUCAGCGCAUGGGCCACGUCAUUUCUAAAGACUCGGGGGUCGCUAGGCCCCUCCUCGGACCCCUCCUCCACGUCGCCUAACAGCCCUCCUCGCGAUGCCGUCAGUCCUCGGCGGACCGGAGCAACCACGAAGAAGCGAAGGUUCCGAAGCCUCUCCGACUCCAAUUUGAAGGAGUCCGGACAGUCGUUGAUGAACCCCUCUUGCGGCAGGGACCUCACUUGGCCGCUUUCAGGUGUAAAUGUCGGUGAGUCAGAUUGCAACCACCUGGACACGAUUCAGUUUGACAAAUCGUCGCCGUCCGGUGUCGCGAGUACCACCUCGCUUCCCAGCAAUCUGUCUCUUGUCUCCUUCGAGCGAGCGGAACCGUGGACAGACGAGAGCCAGGUAACAAUAUUGUAAUGACAAACAACACUUCAUGGACACAACAUCUCUACUCUGACAGUCAAACUUCAGGGGGUGAGAAUUAACACUGUUGCUGGAAGGCCAGCAGAAAGCUGCUGAAAGUUCAAGUAGAAGGUAAAGGUCAUGAAAGGACGUCCAGGGUGAGGCAAGUGCAAAGCCAAACCCUCUUCUUCCGCCUCCCUAUGCGUCAGGUACCCGCUUUUGCUGGUUGGACAAGAGGAUUUUUCGAGUGACAGAGAAUCUGAACCCAGAAACCAUCUGCUCUCAAUCGUAAUGGUACAUGGAUUGUUGAAUGAUCAGAGACCAGUUGUACGCACCCCUAAUGCCCAACAGUCGGUGAGAUGUCUGAUAGUUCACAAACCUACCCAGGCUGGGUAAAUUUCUGUCUGCAGACUGCGUUUAAGAUUUGUGGACAUUCUUUUCUGUUUGUAUUUUUGUUAUUUUCUAACAGUUUGUCAUACCGUGUUUGAAUGAACUCAAAAUAAUUUUGCUGUUCGAUAUUUACAGUCAGAGUGUAUAAAAUUGACUUUUCUCAAUAA